GCAUCUUAUGCCUUCUGCCCAAAUGCUGGGUCUUCACUCCUAUCCCCCCGUUCCACAUUAAACUCCCUCACCAGACCAUCCCUGCCACCGUCACCAUACUCAUCAUGUCAAGCCGAAGGAAGUCGUCCAACCCCUGUGUGCUCCGUGCAACCAGUUUCACUGCAGAAGACUCCGUGGAAAUGGAUGUUUCAGCAAAGACCGUGUUGGGCAGAUAUUCACCUGUGCCGCUCACAGCAGACGAAAACUGCACAUCACUGAAUGAUAAGGAAGAGGAGCAGUCCGAGGGGGGUUCUGCAUCGGAGCAGAACUUUAGCGAUCAUAAGUCUGAAGGUCCAGUCAGUUCACUCUACCUUUGUACCAUCUGCAAUUUCAGUACCAACAAGUCUGACUCCCUCUCAUGUCAUAAUAAAGUUCAACACCCCGGGGAGAACCGUUUUAAGGUCAGGCAUAUCAAACUGGAUAGCCAAAGUAUCUUGGAGCAAACCAUUGAGAGGGAAAAUGAAGGAUCCCUUCCAGACAUCAUAUACGACUCCGGACUGUUUGGAGACUCCAGCAAUCCAGAAGAUGAAGAAACUGGAAAGACACCAAUGGAAAACAGCAGCAUUUUGGAGAAAGGACUGGAUGUGGAGAAGGAGCUGGACAGUCCAGUGCUGAAGGAUGAGAUCAGAGCUGUGAGGGUAAAUGGUACAAUCAUUAUUUCAGAGCCUACGAGUCACGUAACGCCUCUGCUACAGAGACCCCCCAAUCUCAGCACCUCUCCAACAAUCGCAGUUCCUAUUCACACCACCAAGUACAACCCCAUAUUGGACAGUAAUGUCAGCCUGAUCACAUCGUUUAGCCGAUUCCCAUAUCCGACCCACGCAGAGCUCUCCUGGCUCACUGCUGCUUCCAGGCACCCUGAGGACCAGAUCAAGGUAUGGUUCACCACUCAGCGACUGAAGCAGGGCAUCACCUGGUCCCCUGAAGAAGUGGAAGAAGCCCGUAAAAAGAUGUUCAAUGGCAGCAUAGCACCUGCACACCAGAUCUGUAAAAUCUGGCCUGCACCUUUUGGAGAACCACUCAACCCUUGUCAAGCUACUUGUCAUGGAUUUGGGCAGACCAGUCUUGCAUCAAACAUCACAACUGAUAGAUCGCCUACUACUUGUACGCCUGGCAUUGCUACAGCAGUCCGUCGGGCACAGACGCUUAAGCGCACUUUAGGAACUCCACUCUUGGUUUCAGAAGUCAAACGCCCAACCGGAGACCCCAAAGAGAGUCUGCGCAUGCCCCCUCCACCAGCUCCACUUCCAGAAAGACUCGCUAUCGCUUCUUCUCCUGGACUUUCAGAGACUAGAACAUCUAGCCCUGAUUCUUUGGUGGCCUCAGACAUGAAGAGACCUGUUGCUGCACAUUUUGUCCCACCUAAAGGGAAACCCCCAAUGGCUCAAUCUAAAGAGAAGAUACCUGUGGCAUUUCCUUCAGAGCUGCCCAAAGAAAGACUCCCUUUGUCACCCAUAGUGUCCACCAACCUCAAAAGAUCUGUAAUUGAUCAGCAUAUGAGCAAUCAUACUUCACCCUCUUCGUUUGUUGCUAAAAACAAGUUUGGUAAUGGUGUAACCAUGCCCUUGGCACCAGUUGUGGCGACCCCACAAGAGAGUAAGCCAAUGAUCAUGCAGACUCCAUCGGCUGUGCCUCUGUCCUCAUCCCCGACACCAGUUCUUCAGUUUAAGUCUAUAGAGGCAUCAGCUGCUCCAGCAUUCACAGGCUUCAGUAGUCCGAAUGACAAAGAAAUGCCCCAUGGGGAUGCUAAGCAUUUGUUUUUCGAUCAAACUACAAAUUCCCAAAAUGAUUCCCUGAACUCACGUGUUGAAUUUGCUCUGAGGGAGCGUUCAGUUCCCACUCAGUUUCCUCUGCUAGAGAGAGUGAAGGACAAGAGUCCUGGACAAAUGAAGCUUCUAGAGGAGAGUUUUCAGAGGAACAGUUUUCCGUCCUAUAAUGAGGUCGAACAGCUCGUGAUCACCACUAGAAUGGCCAGAGAGGAAAUCGAAAGCUGGUUCUUGGAGCGCAGAGCACUUCGAGAUGAUUUGGAACAAGCCCUGCUGAACUCCAUGGGCUCUAAACGGGAGUCCCAGCAGACGCUCCUCAAUGGAGCUCAGAGACAUUCUGGCAACCUUUCCUUCAGCCCUGUGCCUCAAGUCAGCAAGUCUGCGAACCUUCUCAAAAAUGUCUUUGUCCAGAACCGAUGGCCUUCGCCCGUAGAGUUCAGGCGUCUGGAGAUGCAGGCGCGGUUGGCUCGCACAGAACUUGUCCGCUGGUUCAGAGAUAGUCGGCUACCUCAGCAGGGCCGCGUCCUAGACCGGAAGGAGAUGUUUGGAGAACGGAACAUCGCAACAAAACGACUGCUGAGAGAAGAGAACACCAAACCCAGCAGCCCAGAGAUCGAAAACUGGUUUGACAACACGGGGAGCAACGGGGAGCGGAUUGGUGAGGGCAGAGAGGACUGUGGAGGGAACACAUGUGAGCUGUUCUCAGACACAGAUUAGAAGAUGGGAAGGUGAGAAGCGGCGCUCAUCGAAGCGCUUUAGGAACCACUGAUGUCACUUCUGCGUGGCACAAAGGCGUCAGACUGGAGCAUUGUGGGAAUGUUGUUGUAAUGUAACUGAGCAAACGUACCUUUACUGCAGAUAUGCUGCAGAUCUGUACAUUUUAAUGGCAUAUUUUGUUACAUUUUUAUAAUGGGAACAAGUUUUGGCUGUUUUUUAGUGGACAUUUCCUAACCGUCUGUGGAAGGAGAUGCCAGGAAGCUUCUCUGGACACAUGACCUGCGACAGCACAUAAUAUGAUUCUUCUAUACAGACGGGACUCUUUAUUGACAGAACACACUGUUGAUUACACUCACAGAUGGAGUCAUGAUUCUCUCUUCUGCUGGUGAACACACACACAUCAGCGCUGAUGUUUAAGCUGGUUUGUUUGCAAUCUACACACACAAACGCUCACUUGUAAUGAACUGUUUCUCUGCUGUAUCUGCAUCUGUCUGAAACGCUCACACUCUCUUCACACACAGACCGCCGCUGGAAUCCAAUAAAACGCAGCCAGAUUUAUGCUGUUUGUUUGAGAUGCCAUUGCUGUAUGAUAGGCCAUAUGAAGCUUGUUUCCCUUCGUUUUGUUCCAUAGAUUCACUUCAGUCUCGUAAUAGCAGAUCAUGAUGAAUCUGAGCGACGGAAAUGUCUCGCAGACGUCUCGAGGCCAAAAACACCCAACACACGCGCAGACUUUGUGAUAUUUCUCAUUACUGUGCGCUGUGGCGUAAACAUUCCCCACAUUUAGAAGUCGAGUGAACUAACACUUUAAUCCUUCCUGCUGAUUGUUUUUGCUUUUAGGCAGUUUUGGGUCACGACUGAGACGGAACUGAGAUUUCACACGUUACAUCACAAAUACAGAGGAUUAUGUAAUGUGUGUUUCAUAAUGUUGGACAAACGCAUGAUCUGUUCUUCAGAGAGGUCAGAUUCUGGAGGAUUGUGGGUAGUGUAGUACUUCAGCUCAGUUGGGUUUAAUGUGAAAAUCAACUUCUAUUAUUAUAUUAUAUUUUGCCCUGUUGUGCUUGGUUCAGAGAGAAACUCAGAACCGCUGGGUCGAGGAUG